AUCCCGCCAAAUCUACCGCUUUGUUGAUGACUUCGCGAAUACCGACCAUUCUGUACAAUGGACUGAGCGACAUCCGACGACGACGCGCAUACUAACCCACAGGUACUAACAGACAGCAGCCAUGUCGUCGACGGCAUUGGCAACCACUUCACAGUCCGUGUCGCAGACCUCGACCGGGAGACCCUCUGCAAUCGCCAAAGCACUGCCCAUCCUCAAUACUCCCAAGAAGGAUAUCACCCAGCAGCCUUCGACUCCCGCACGACAGAAUGGACAGUGGACACACCCCAGAAUGGACGAGGUCAUCCGGAGGCGAAAUGCGACCAACUUCGACAGCAGCAAUGUCACCAGCAUCCUGAUCAGCUCCGUGCUGAUCAUUCUGUCGCUCUACACGCCCAACGUCCUCUUCCUCAUAUUCCCCACAAGCUGGCUCGCAGCAGCAUACCCAUAUCCUCGAUACGCGGUCUGGACCUUUCAGGCACUCAUGACCCUGAACAUCGCAAUAGCAACCCUUCCUCUCUGGCGGAAACCCGACGCCUGCGAAGACAUUCCUCUCACACCUCAGCAGCGCAAGCUUCUCGGCCUUCCGCCCAUGACACGCCCCGCGACACCGCAAGAGAAGGAACAAUACGUCACACCACCGCGAUUCUCGCGUUCUAAUACGCCUACGAGCAGGAGCAGCAGCUUGAACGCGACUCGAGGUAACUCGCCACUUUCAGGACGAGGCACGCCCAUCGACGCAAAUGGCAGCUUCCGAAUGAGCGGAUCGGGAUCAAAUUCACUGUGGGGUUCUCCUGCUCAAGGAAACCAAUUACGAAGGACAGAGAGUGGGAAAUCGUUGCUUGGAGAAAGCUUCAGCGAAAGUGGUGGUGAGAGGAGGCGACUGAGUUACACUGCUCUCAGCAAUAGCUCGCCACUUGACAUCAGCGGAUUUGAAUCCAUUGGGAGAAUUGAGACACCAACAAAAGAGAAGCGUGCGAGCGUGGGAUUGAACAACAAGUGGCUGUACGAACGAGGUCGAGGCAGCCCAGGCAACGGGCGCUUGAAGUCGAGUUUACCCGCAGGGAGCAUGUGGUAGGCAAGAAUAACAGGCCUUCGUCUUCCGGCCUUAUUAUCCAGGCAGGGACCAAGAGCAUCAACAACCGACGAGGCACGUUCUCGUAGAAAGAAUCUAUAGAUUCGCUGAUGCACUGCGGGCUGUACAGUAACGAAAGAUGAGCUCCCACGAGUGGCUCGAUGAUAUGGCUCGAUUCUGAUGUGCUACCUUUCCGUUUU